CAACACUACUAUAUAACAAAUAAUUUGAGCUGGGACGAUGGCUCAGACAUUCCACCAGGAGUACAUGGCUGUUCCGCCGGUUACACGAACUUACGCCACAGCGUGUGUACUGACCACUAUCGCUGUUCAGCUUGACAUCCUUUCACCCUUUCAGUUAUAUUUUAAUCAGUCCCUGAUCUGGAGGAAAUAUCAGAUCUGGAGACUCUUCACCAACUUCACAUUCUUCGGAACCAUCGGUUUUAACUUUGUAUUUAACAUGAUAUUUACAUAUCGGUACUGUCGAAUGUUGGAAGAAGGCUCUUUCAGAGGGAGAACUGCCGACUUUAUAAUGAUGUUUGUUUUUGGUGGUUUUCUGAUGACGAUAUGCGCAUGUUUCGUGAACUUAGUGUUUUUGGGGCAAGCCUUUACCAUCAUGCUCGUGUACAUCUGGGCCAAGAGAAAUCCUUACAUUAGGAUGAAUUUCUUUGGAAUGCUCAACUUUAAUGCUCCUUAUUUACCAUGGGUUUUGUUUGGAUUUUCAUUACUUCUUGAUAACUCAGUUAUAGUUGAUCUCAUGGGUAUCGCUGUAGGACACGUUUAUUUCUACUUAGAGGAUGUGCUUCCUAACAUUGAGGGAGGAUGUAAGAUCCUGAAGACACCCCGGCUCCUGAAGCUCCUGUUUGACGAAGGAGAAGAUGAGUACGGGGAGGUGCCUGAUGAUACCCGGCCAGGGGGCUAUAACUGGGGGGAGGAUGUCAGGGAACAACCAGAACAGGAGGCUGCUCCUCAGGAGGACCAUCCUCAUCAGGAUUAGGGGACUGUUCUCAUUAUUUCCUACUGUAAUAUGGGCCUUGUUGUGCUGCUUGGGGAUUCCAG